CCGCCCCGGUUCCCUCAUUUCGCCGCCGCUUUUGUGGGAUCCACAUCGUCCCUUCCCGGUUUUCCAGCGUCCCGAGGGGUCAUGGAUGGACUACGGAACGUCCCCUUCCUGCUGGUGGUGCUGGGGUUGACCCUGCCCGCGGUUUGGGGGGUCCAAGUGUCCCACCAGAUCAUCCAGACGGAAUACUACCAGAAAUCCCUGGAUUCCAAGGUCGACGGCGGCGAGUUCAUGUUCGAUUUCGACGGCGACGAGAUUUUCCACGUGGAGCAGGAGAAGACGGUCUGGAGGCUCCCGGAAUUCCAGGAAUUCGCCAGCUUCGAGGCGCAGGGGGCGCUCCAGAAUAUCGCCAUCGACAAACAGAACCUGGAGAGCUCCAUGAAAGCUUCCAACAAUUCCCGGAUCCCCCCCGUGCCCCCGGAGUUGGCGUUAUUCCCGAAGAACGCCGUGGAGCUGGAUGAUCCCAACGUCCUGAUCUGCUACAUCAGCAAGUUCUGGCCUCCCGUGGCUUCCAUCACGUGGCUCCGGAACGGGAACGUCGUGUCCAAAGGGGUCCUGGAAACCGUCUUUUAUCCCGGCCCCGACAACACCUUCCGGAAGUUUUCCUACCUCCCGUUCAUCCCGAAUCGGGAGGAUUAUUACGACUGUCAGGUGGAGCACGAGGGGCUCCCGCAGCCCAGGAAAACGCAC